AUGCUUAAGCCUGUCUUUUCUUGCUUUAUGACCCUCUUUGGGGGUUUGCUUUCCUCAAAUUCUGAUGCUUUGAUGUUCUUUUUUUGUAUCACUUCUCCACAUUUUCUUCAUACCCACUCACUCACUCUUAUCCUUUUUCCUUUCUUAUUGUCUGUCUUCAUUUUUUUUUUUAUUAUCAGAGUGAUUUCUCUCCCUUUCAAUUCAAACUUUCCUCUUCAUUUUUUUCUUAUCUGCUCUUCCCACCUCACACAAUACAAAUUUACUUUCAGACUAUUGAGGCAAGAUGAUUUUGUUUUUCUUUUUCUUCUCAAACCUCUUUUUGACAAUUUUUAUUUGUCCUUUCACAACAUAUAUUUUAGAGCUUUUAUUAUUAUUAUUUUUUUUCUUUGCUUGCUUCCAGUUCUUUGGGCCUUCUCCUACUUCUUAAACUCUUUCCAUUUCUUUCCUGAAUUCUUUCCUUUUAUCCUUUUUCUUUCUUUCAUUCAUUAUACAUUUUCUUUUCUAUUCUUAAUUCCUUCUUUUGUUCCCUUGACCCUUCUGUUAGUUUUCUUUCUUCCUUUUGUCAUAUAUACACUUUUUUCUUUACAUUCUUCCUUGUUACAUGUACUCUGUCUUUACACUUUUACUGCAUUUGCUUCUUUUAUUCUUUUUUCUUUCUUUUCUUCACCAUUUCUUUCUUUUGUUCUCUAUACUUUUUUGUUCCUUAAUUCCUUCUUUUAUCCCAUUUUAUUUUCCCUUUCCUUUUUUUUAUUCUCUUUACUUUUUCUUUAUUAUCUUCAUUCUUUUUUUGUUCUCUGUAUCCUUUCUUUAAUUCCUACACCCUUUCUUUCUUUAUAUCUUUUGUUCUCUAUACCCUCUCUUUUUCUUUCCUUAAUUUCUUCAUUCCUUUUUUUUCCUUCUUUUGUUUCAUAUACCCUCUCUUUCUUUACUUUCUUCUUGCAUUUGUUCCUUUUAUCCUUCCUUUUUUCUUUCUUUCUUAUCUUUUCUUUCUUUUGUCCUCUUUUUUCUUUUUUUUUUAAUUAUUUUUGUUUCUUUUUGCUCUUUCUUUUUGUAUUCUAUUUAUACUUUUGA